GUGGACGCGUGUUCUCCGGCCGGUUGUCACGGAUAAGGCGCCGAGGGGGGACGUGAUCUCUCCGUCUUGAACGCGUCCUGCCCGGAACUUUCGUGAUGCUCCGCUGGAGGCUCUGAGGUCUGGAUGAGUUUUGGAGUCGCCAGCGGUGCGCUUCGGCUUGGACACGAGAGACAGGGUCUGAUGGACUGUUCGCGUCGUUUUCUGAAACUUUCACUGUGCUGCCUUUUCGGGUGCAUUUUGUACAGUGGGAUUUAUUCUUUCGGAGCUGCUAACUCUGUAUUUCUGCGUUGCUCUAGAAUGGGGGAGAGCGUGCGUAUCGGGUAGAGAUGUUUUCGCUCCGUGGAAGUUUCGCCCUGCGCCCGCUCUCCUAAACUCCCAUCUUUGCGUUUUGCUUAUUCGACUUUCACUGAGCGCUGCGGGAGGCUCAAAACGACGGGAGGGAAUGGCCGGCGAGCGGAAACCGCGGCUUUGCCUCAUGGCCAAAGGGGAGAACGGGUAUGGCUUCCACUUGCACGGCGAGAAAGGGAAGAGCGGACAGUUUAUCCGCAAAGUGGAGCCUGGCUCCCCUGCAGAGGCGUCGGGUCUGCGCGCCGGGGACCGGGUGGUUGCAGUGAAUGGGGUGAACGUGGAGAAAGAGACACACCAUCAGGUGGUACAGCGGAUCAAAGCCGUAGACCAUGAGACCAGGUUGCUGGUGGUGGACCACGAGACGAACGAAAGUCUGCGCAGCCUGCGCCUCACAGCUACAGAGGAGAUGGCCAUUCUCGGGAUGGGGCCUUCCUCCUCAUCCUCUCCCCCGGCGUCCCCCUCCCCUUCCCCUUCCCCGUCCUCAGUCCCGUCCUCCCCCGGCAAGAAGCGGGAGAACGGCUCGGUGUCCAAGCAGCAGGUCACGCUGAGCAGCCAGGUGCAGAAGCCCACCAGGAGGUCACCUUCAAAGGCUGCAAAGAAGGAGGCUCUUGCUCAGUCUGAAGCUCAGACACAGGCACAGUCCCAGUCACGGCCCCAGGUCGAGCUCGUUCCACGUCUGUGUCACCUGGUGCGGUCUGAGAUGGGCUACGGCUUCAACCUCCACAGUGAUCGGUCGCGGCCUGGACAGUAUAUCCGCUCCCUGGACCCAGGAUCACCGGCAGAUCGUGCUGGGCUCCAGCCACAAGACAGACUCAUUGAGGUAAACAGCGUGAACAUUGAGGGCAUGCGGCACGCAGAGGUGGUGGCCUUCAUAAAGAAAGGGGGAGAUGAGACCUGGCUGCUAGUCGUGGAUCCAGACACAGACGAACACUUUAAGAGGAGGGGGGUUAUCCCCACAGUCAGUCAUCUCAAAGACUAUGAUGGUCCGUCCAUAUCCAACGGCUCCCCCAGCCCUCAGAUCAACGGCAGCUCCACCACACAGUCCAUCAGGUCCACACACUCCGACCUCAGCAGCCAGGGCAACAGCACACAGCUAGCAGAUGAUGAGGGCAGCCGGCUGUUGGACCCGUUUGCUGAGAUGGGCCUGAGUCUAAGUGCUACAGCAGCAGAGGAAAAGAUGAAGGUCCAUGCCAAAGAAAAGAAGAAGGCACCACAGAUGGACUGGAUGAAGAAAUAUGAGCUCUUCAGUAAUUUCUAAGACAUUCCCCUCCGAGGACACUUCAAAAACCAAAGGACAGAUCUGUCUGCAGCCUUCUGCGUUGUGGGAGAACGUCCCUCUUGCUACAAAGACCAUGUUUUUUCUUAAAGAAAGAACUAAGAUGUCUCAAUACAAUAGAAGAUCAUUUGUUCCUGGAUUUAAAAGUGACAAAAGGAUAAUGUUGCCCAAUGGAUUUUACUUAUUCAGCCGCUUCAGAGACUCUUUUAUCAGCUACUUUUCCCUCAUCAAAAAAAACGUGCAAAAACUGUAUAUACUUUGCUAAAUUCCCACUCUUAAGAGGGAGGAUCAUCUUUAAAUGCUUCAAAGACAUGUACUUAUAUCAGAUGGGAGCAUUGCAAACAAAGUUUCACAAAUUUUCCUGAAUCCUCAUCACUGUUUUCUCUCCUUUGAUCAUCCCAUCCUCCCUUCUCCCAGAGACUAAUUUCAAACAAAUGGGGGGAACAGUUAUUUUUAUAUUUAAAAUGUAUAAACAACUAUAAAUAGACAGUAUCCCAUCAUCAUGGACUGCAUUUUAAAUAGUUCUAUGGACACUGUGACAUUAAUGAUUGUGGACAUUUGAGUUUUGGCCCAACAGUCAGAGGAAGCCCAAACUUGGCAGAAGAUCACUGUGAACAAAUUUAGACCCCCACCUCCAGCCCGCCAGGACGUUUGAUGAUAACCACUGACAAAAAAAAAAAAAAGGAUGG